CGGGUCUUUACGGUACCAGCUGGUCCAACCCGCAGCUCCUCCUGCGGUUCUUCUGGUGCCAGAAGCUCAGUGACGCGGUGGUUCCGAUUCUGUCUGAUUCAUUCUCAGCUCUGCGGCUUUUCUCCCUUUAUUUGCGUUUAUUUUUGCAGAACAUCCUCCCGGUUCCUCCUCCCCCGCCUGCAGCGGCUCAUCUCCGGGAUCAGUCUCCACCAUCAGCCGCUGACCGGAGCUUUAGAUCAGAUUAGAGCCGUUAUAUAAUCCGGUCUGGGGAGCUGGAGGUUCGGUUCGGUGUCUGAGUUCUGCUGUAGAGAGACCAGUCCGUCCGGGUUCAUGCCAGAUCUGCAGCGCUUCAGUUUUCCGUACCAGAUGAAUCCUUUGUUGGGGGGCUCCAACCUCCAGCCGCCGCAGCAGAUCCAGACUCACCCGGACUCCCCCUCCGGCCUCCUGCCGGACCCGGUGUUCGGAGCAGCGGACCCGGCUUCCUUCCUGCUGUCCGAGCAGCCGGGCUCCGGGCCGGACCAGGCCGACUUCCCCGGACCUCCAGGCUUCCUCCACCUCCCCGGCAGCGGCUUCCCGCAGCGCGCCGCGCCGCACCCCCCCGCCGCCAUGGCGCUGCGGAACGACCUGGGCUCCAACAUCAGCGUCCUGAAGACCCUCAACCUGCGGUUCCGCUGCUUCCUGGCCAAAGUGCACGAACUGGAGCGCCGGAACAAGGUUCUGGAGAAGCAGCUGCAGCAGGCUCUGGAGGCCCAGCAGGCCGCUCCGGGGGGCGGCGACGGCGGCGGGACGCGCAGCCAAGAGGCCGCCGUGCAGACCGGCUUCGUGGGCACCAUCCCGCUGCGGCCCGGUUCUCUGCCCUUCCACAACACCAACAACUCCGCCCGCAGGCCCACCUCCCUGUUCCCGUCCAGCACCGGCCUCCCCUCCUCUGAAGGCUCCGGUUCGGCCCAGACCUCCCACCCCACCAUCACCGUCAGCCAGGCCUCCCCCUGCCCGGACUCUCCGGGACCCAAACCGGUCUCCAGCGGCACCAACCCCCCGCCCCGCUUCCUCCCCGGAACCAUCUGGUCCUACAACCACAGCCGCAAGUUCGGGCCCGGAUCGGAGCGUGUGACCAGCCCCGGGGUGUCCUGGGUCCAUCCGGACGGGGUCGGGGUCCAGAUCGACACCAUCACACCCGAGAUCAGAGCUCUGUACAACGUCCUGGCCAAAGUGAAGAGGGAGAGGGACGAGUUCAAGAGGAGGUGGGAAGAAGAAUACACGAUGAGGAUGGACCUGCAGCAGAAGAUCACAGACCUUCAGGAGGACCUCCAGGAGAGCGAGGGCUGUCAGGAUGAACUGGCUCUCAGAGUCCAGCAGCUGAAGGCUGAGCUGGUUCUGUUCAAAGGCCUCAUGAGCAACAACCUGUCAGAACUGGACAGUAAGAUCCAGGAGAAGGCCAUGAAGGUGGACAUGGACAUCUGCAGGAGGAUCGACAUCACGGCUCGGCUGUGCGACGUGGCCCAGCAGAGGAACUGUGAGGACGUGAUCCAGAUGUACCAGGUUCCCAACAACCAGCCGACCCUGAACUGCCGGCGGAAACAGACGCCGCUGUCCUUCAACGGCAGCGAGUGCGACGACACCGUCAGCACCUCGGAGAGCGACGGCGGAUUGGCCAGAGACGACGAACACGGAGGCUCGUCGGCCAAUCAGAUCAACGAGGAGAUGCAGAGGAUGUUAAACCAGCUGCGUGAGUGUGAGUUCGAGGACGACUGCGACAGUCUUGCCUGGGAGGAGACCGAAGAGACGCUGCUGCUGUGGGAGGAUUUCCCAGGAUGCACUCUGCCUCCAGACCCCGCCCACCCACCUGGAGAGCAGGACGACUGUCUGGAAAAGGUGAUUAAUGACACCGAGUGUCUGUUCAAGUCCAGAGAGAAAGAAUACCAGGAGACCAUCGACCAGAUCGAGCUGGAGCUGGCCACAGCGAAGAGCGACAUGAACCGUCACCUGCACGAGUACAUGGAGAUGUGCUCCAUGAAACGAGGUCUGGACGUUCAGAUGGAGACCUGCAGGAGGCUCAUCACUCAGAGCGGAGACAGUAACUCUGCAGCUCCUGCAGCUUCUGACGACGGCGACCAGAAAGAAAGCGAUAAAUCUUCAUCAUCUCCACCCUCGUCUUCACCCAGAUCUUGACACCUGGCUGUGGUCACGUGACCGCGGCGGCGUCCAGCUGCAGUACCACACGACGCAAUACACACCCCGUAACUAUGGCAACACUACAUUUACAUCUAUUUAUUUAGUCAUUUAUUGAUGGAAAAACAGCAAAAUCUUGUGAUAAAUGGAGAGUUUUAGGAGAUUUAGGAGACAUAGUUUGUCAGGAAAGUUUAGUCUGAGUUAUUCACUCUACACACCAUAAUAAUAAUAAUAAUAAUAAUAAUAAUAAUAAUAAUAAUAAAUAUUCUUCAGAUAUUCUGCUGUCAGAGUCACUCCUCACACAUUUCCAGUCCUUCUACUGGUCAACACAAAGCAGAUCAGACGGUCGUCUGGAGUUGACGUGAUAAAUAUGAGCUUCACCAGUGGAUCUGGAUUCAACCCUCAUGUUGUCUUAGGGUCAGAAAUGACCCGACCACUAUGUUUAAAGCAGAGAAAAGCCCCUAAAUUACCCUUUUUUCAACUUCAAAUUUGAUGACUUUUCCUAAAGUAACUCCACUGUUAGAAAAAGUAAAGCUGAAGCCGUGAGUGUAGUUUUUAAGUUUCAGGAACCAGCAGGUCAUAGAUCAGAUUUUUUCGGACAUCCAGGAGAUAAAACAGUAAAACAAAUGCACACAAACUUGCAUACUGUCCUAAAUAAGCUAAUUAGAAUUUAAUAUGUUCUUUAUAUUUCUGUUGUGCAUCUAUGGCUGUUUUAUUCUUAUUACUGAGGAGAGAAGACUAGUAUUUCGUAGUUGAAUUCCAUUGUGCAGCAUACAGAACUAUUGGCGUUUCCCUUCAGAAAAUGCAUUUCAAGCUACUUUCUGCAAGUUUCUGGUACUUUCUUAGAAUAUACAAGUACUGUGUUUUGCUCAACAAAUACUGUUUACACCUAUGCAGUACUUUUAGCAGCAAUAAUAGUGAGAUUAAACCUCUACUUUAGUAAAGAAAAAGGUUAAAACGAGUGGUGUCCACUGAUGAAAUACAGUCUUUAUGGCCUCUACAGAGGGAAAAACCCAGACAUUCACCAAGUGUGUGAUGCCUGACAGGUUGUUUCUUCAUGUAAAAUAGAUUUUGGGUUGGCUUUAUUUUAGAGGCUCAGUGGAGGCGGCUCAUUUUAGACCCUCAGGAUGAGGGGAGUGUUCAGAACGUUAAGACAACACGAGGGUUAAACAUGAUGAAUCUUCACAUAAUAAGAUGUCAGGAUUCAGCGUUUUACUGCCUCAAAGCUGCACCAUCGGUUUGCUUUCCAUCUGCAGGACGAAGAAUUCAAUCAUCAAACCUUCAGUCAGAAAUAAAUCCAAACAUUUGGGCUUAAUGGGACAGAAAAAGCACCAGAACUGUUAUUUCUGUAGGAUAGAAAUGAAACACCUCCGGCAAGUUAACGUCUUAUUUUAAGAUGUUAAAGGUUAAGUUAUUUGUGUGCAAUGAUGUGCUAAAAGCUAAAAACGUCUUCUGAUAACACACGGUGUGACUCGGUGUGUUAUUAACUGACUUCCUGCUUGUCUUAUAUUGAAACUACUGAAAAAAGCAGGUUUUGGUCUCCUUCUAGUUAAUUAUAAACUGUGAAUUCCCUCCGUCAGACGUACAUUUACCUUCAUUCUGACGAAGGCGCUCAUAUUUCCAGUGCAGUCGCAGCAGAUUUUAAUAUUUAUGACGCUAAAUAACCUGAUGAACGUUUCAAAGGGAACGUGGGAGCAGCAACAAGUGAAUUUAUCAACAUCUGCAGCAGGAAACAGCUGAGGAUCAGAUGAGCUCAGCGGCAGUCGGAUGCAUGGUAGUUUUCAGGUUUAAGUUUGGAGGAAAAGAUGAACUUCUGAGAGUCUGUAGAAGCUGUUAGUGAUAGUUUAGAGAAACUGCAUGAGUGAGCAGAACGGGCCACGAGAAAUACAAAUAAUUUAGCCGUUGAGUGCCAAAACAAAGCAGAAAGGUCAGAGAGUGAACAAAAAGACUGAAUCUAGCUGCCGAAGCUCUUCCUCUUGGUGCUUAAUGUAUAUAAUGAACCUAUUUUUGAGCCUGUUAGAAGGAAGCAAAGUGUAGAAUAGGAAGCAAUCAGCACCGUUGUUACCAUAGCAACCGAACAGAACAUGCUGGAGACAGACACUUUUCGUCUUCUGCUCCGUCUUACACGCUGCAUUUGACACAGACCUCGUUUUAUUUCUGUGUUUCUGGACACAUUAAACCACAAACUGCUGCAGGAAACUCUGCAGGGUUUCGUCUCCGUUUCUAAAUGUAGUUCUGCUGUAGUUUCUGCCGUCAGGUUCUUUCUCGUUCCAGUAAAAUGAGGAGGAUUUGAAGCAUGUCGGACUCUGACGGAGACCUUAAAACACCGUUUGCUUUAGUUUUGUGUUCCUUCCACACACUGAGUGAGUCUAUGUAUGCAUGUGUCAGUGUGUGAAGUUCUGGGUGUUUUGUCUGUACGGUGUUUUUAAAAAGGCUUUAACUGGUGCAGACGCACAACAUGGAACAGAACAAUGAGAUUCUGCUUGACUUCAAUCAGUGACAUUUGAGCCAAAAUGGAUAAAUCAAGAUGAUAAUGGAGGUUUUUUUCCAUUGGUACUUUUCUUUCUGAGUGUUUGUGGCGGGCCGAGUAAAGUCAGUUUAAAAAUACCUUCAGACUACUGAAAUGCAAAUGCUUUAGCGAAAUGACGCCGAUGGCUUUGACUUUAUCUGUGUAAAGGAAAUAUAGCUUUGAAUAUAUACUUGUGUUUAAAGACUGCAGAAGACUGACCUCGGUCACACACCUGAAAAGAAAACCGCAAAAGCUUUGAAUUAACACAACGACCCGACGCUCUAUUUAGCUUCUCAAAGGAAAUUAUGGCAGUUAAGAACAAAAAAAAGUCUUUUUUUGGUAUUUCUAGAGGAGAAAGACUGAAAAUAUUCAAUUUGUCACACAUGAAUUUGGCAUUUUGCCGGUUGUUGAUCCAGAUGUGUCCCGCUGCAGCUUUGAACUUGAAGAUUAGUGACUGAACAGCUUCACUGCAGAGCUUCAGUGUGUAACGAGAGAGAAGAAUGAAUAAAAGAUGCAACUGAGAA